AUGAAAUAUCAGUCGACGUGCAUCGCCGUGCACAACACCCCCUCACGUCUACAUUGUGUUUCAUCAACCGCAAAUCGACUCUUUGGUGUAGAUGAGCGGUUCAUCGCAAUUGGGGCUACGCGAGGUCAGGGCGGACGGAGAAGAAUGGACGGGCGAAUCGCGCGCCAUACGAUGCAUAACUGGCAUGCUACGCUUAUACGCAGUGUUCGAGCAUGCAUGUGCGUUCUCGCUGCGCGACGCGCAGAUGGUUCAAUCAAUAAGCUGCUUGAAGGAUUUAUAUCUUCUGGAGCGAUGGAACAUCUUCGACGUCACUAA